GUGAGCGUGACAGCUACUUUUGUCCCAGCGGUAAAAGGGUGCACAUUGUCCUCCAUCCGCGAACUGUCGUUCCAGCGUAGACGAGGCCGCCGGAAGGAAAGUACCGAACUGAUCACAAACACGAAACAUAACCCUAGGCAAAGUAUACCGUCACCCCAAGCCAUGCAACAAGAUGUACCCAAAGCGUUCAACGACCCAAACACGUGCCGCCCCUCUGAGCCUGCGGAUAGCCAGUCACGUGUUUCUCCAGACACAGCAGGUGGCCACGAUACGGAUCCCAUACAACACAGCGCGCAUAGCAGUAUAGCACCCGGAAUAGCUUGUGCAGAGACUGUUGACACAGACGACCACACUACAUUGAACGGUACUAGUAGGUACUUCCCGUCCAACAACGACCCUGAGGUGCGGGAGUCCUAUACGUCUCCAGAAGGGGCAGGUGCACACAAGCGGGACGAUAGGGCCCCAAUCGAACACCCUAAUUUGGUAAUUGGGACAGGGCGCGCGAGAGGGGCGAAUUUAUCUGCCUUUGUGCGUCGCUCACAGAGAACCAAGAGUGCACGCAAUACCCAUUCGGUAGAAAUAUAA